ACCAGCUAAAGGUAGUAAAGUAUAAUUUGAAUAUUGUGCCUUCACCUAAAUUAGACGCAUUAGUAAACAGAUUUUGUGCAGCUAGAUUGAGGCAAGAUGAACUUCUGACCAACUUGAUAGAUUUAUUGCAGCUUGCUUCACUAACACUCAACUCACCAACUCAAUUAAGUAUUAUUGUAGCUAUAAAGGAUUCUAUAUUAAGAUAUAUACCAAAAAAUAUAAUAGAGAUGUCUGGUCCUUUAAACUUCGAUG